GAUAUGUGAACAAGGUUAAAUAUAUAUACAUUUAAAUGUGUAGGUACCAGGGCAGGAAGAGAAAAAGUAAAGGAUUAAUCAUCUAAAGUUAGCAUAGAUAAAUCAUCCCUUCGGCAGAUGAAUGUCUUGUACUUAAGCAAAAGUAGAAGCAACAGAGUGUAGGAAUACUACAAAAGUACAAAAGUAUUAGCAUCAAAAUACACUUAAAAUACAAAAAGUAAAAGAACUCAUUCUGAAAAUUGGUCCUUUUCAGAAUAAUAUAUAUAUUUUUAUUUGAUGAAUGAUGUGUUCAUCAAAGCUGGUAAAGGUGCAGCUAGUUUUAAUCACUUUGUAUACUGCAGGGUAAUUUGUGAAUGUUAGGUGUAACUAAAGUCUUAUUUAAGUAUAUCUCACAUGAUUGACUAACAUCUGCAACGUAACUACAGAUAUUAAAUAAACGUAGUGGAGCUAAGUACACUAUUUAUUUCUGAGUUGAGUAGAAGUACAAAGUACCAACAAAGCAAAGCAAAGCACUUAAAUAAGUAAAGUAAAGUAGAGUAAAUGUACUUAGCUACUUUACACCACCGCACCUCUUCUAUCAGUUUUUUAUUUUUAGUUGUUCUUACGCCUCCUCACCAGUAGGUGCCCUCACAAUUUUUGUAUCCACAACUAAGUCACUUCCGGUCCCCAGUCGCCAGCCACGAACCGGAAACCAGCUCCACACACGUGAAACACUCAGCCAUAACAUCUGACACAAGAUGGACAUUACAGAGGUUCCUGUGAGUAAUGAAAAUAAAGGUAAGAAAAAUAAGAAUAAGAAGCCAAACAACAAGAGAGUGACUAAGGAGCGAAAUGCCGUGGAGCCGAAGCAGGAGGAGAAGAUGGAGAACAGCGAGGCUGCCUUCCCCCCCACCUUCAGUGUGUCCGAAAUCAAGAAUAAACAGCGAAGACACCUCAUGUUCAUGAAGUUCAAGCAGGAGAAAAGAAAGCAAAAGUUGCAAGUGAAGAAAAAGAAGAAAAAAGAAAGGGAAGCUUUGGGUGACAAGGCACCGCCCAAAGAAGUCCCAAAGACGAUAGAAAACCAGAGGGUGUACGACGAGACAACAGUCGACCCAGAAGAUGAAGAGAUUGCAUUUGACGAGGGAACUGAUGAAUUUUCUGCCUAUUUCAAUGGGUUGACAAACCCAAAAGUGCUCAUCACAACAUCAGACCGACCAAGAGGGAGGACUGUGAGAUUUUGUGAGCAGCUGGCCACAGUAGUCCCGAACGCCCAUGUGUACUACAGAAGAGGUUUGGCCCUGAAGAGGAUCAUUCCUCAGUGCGUUGCCAGGAACUUCACCUACCUAAUGGUCAUCAAUGAGGAUCGCAAAAUGCCCAAUGGUUUGGUUCUUUGUCAUCUUCCUGAGGGGCCAACUGCACACUUCAAGAUCAGCAGUGUUCGACUACGCAAGGAGAUGAAGAGACGAGGCAAAGAACCAACUGAACACUCCCCGGAGGUGAUCCUCAACAACUUCACCACACGGCUGGGCCACAGCAUCGGCCGGCUGUUCGCUGCUCUCUUCCCACAGGACCCCCAGUUUGUGGGUCGGCAGGUCGCCACCUUCCACAACCAGAGAGAUUUCAUCUUCUUCAGGUUCCACAGGUACAUCUUCAAGAACGAGAAGAGAGUUGGUAUUCAAGAGCUCGGACCUCGCUUCACCCUCAAACUCCGCUCUCUCCAGAAAGGCACCUUUGACUCAAAGUUUGGGGAGUAUGAGUGGGUCCUUAAGCGCCAUGAGAUGGAUGCCUGCAGAAGGAAGUUCCAGCUUUAAAUGCAACAUAACCUCCAGCUCUUGUAGGCAGGCAAGAGCGGCUGUGUAUAUUAUUCAAGAAAUGACUGCCUUUUGUGGAAAAUGGACUUCAAAGUGGAUAACCAGAUCUGUGGACUACCAUUUAACAUUCACUUUGAUGAGCAGCGCCGAUCACUGGAUUUAAUGAGAUCACAUCGCCAGAUUCACACGUGUCCUGAAAGGGAUUUAUUCUGUAUAAAGCUGUAUCUGCAGACCAAGUGUGGGACAGCCGCUUGUUGUUAAGACUUUCACAUUCUGGGAGAUAACCAGAGGAUACAUGCAGCCCUCAUGGAUCCCAAUAACCUGAAACAUUUGACCUCUGUGAGAAAAUUAUAUUAAUGGAUGUGCAGUACCUUUUAAAUGUAUCUCCACAAACUGUAUGACCCCAUUUAAAUUCAGAAAGCCGUUGUUGGUUUUUCCUUGUCACAACCUGUAGUGCAUGCAGACAUACUGUAACACCCUGGUCUGUGUAAAUGACACAAUGAGCAGUACAUUCAGUGUAACAGUGUCUGGAAAUUGGUAAAUGGUUCAAAUUGUGUCCACAGUACAGCUGGGUUUUUUUUUGAUAGAGCUUUGAAAUAAUCAUGGAUACAUGGAACACAUUUCACAGGUUUCUAAAUGUAAAUACUCAUUUUAAUAAAACAUGUUGCUGCAACUUAAA